CUCAACAAGCAUUCGAUUUUCUAAAAAAGGCUUUUACUUCUGCCCCAAUUCUAGUUCAGGCUAACUCAAUAAAACCUUAUUAUCUGGAGACAGAUGCUUCAGACUAUACUCUCAGUGCAAUAUUAUCCCAGUACCAAGUUGGAGGAAUCCUUCACCCUAUUGCCUACCACUCCCAAAAACUUACACUGGCAGAAAUUAACUACAAUGUUUAUGAUAAAGAAUUAUUAUUAGAAAAGAAACAAGAAAAGUCUAAUAUUCUAUCACGAAGAGUAGAUUACCAGCCUUUAUAUUGUGAUAAAAUGGUAACUCAACAACACACUACACUAUUGAAAGCUAAAAAUUUUCAUUUAUGUGCCAUGCUUGUGAUUCUGAUUGAUACAUCUUUAAGAGAUCGCAUUCAAGAAUGGAUUGUAAUAGAUCCUUUAGCUCAAAAUAUCAUCAAUUAUUUAAUAAGCCCUACAGAUGAUGACACAACUAACCACUUUGAUUAUUACAAGUUCCAAUACAAAGAAAGGCUUUUAUUUAAAGAAGAAUUUAGUGUUUCUAAAUGA